AAGCAAUAUCCAAUCCAUUGUCCAACGCCUCAAGUGAAAGUAGCGGACACAGAAACCAUGUAUUGCUUAUCCUGCGUUUCCAUAACCAAACCUCUAGCUCUUGCCUCUCUCCCCACUAAUGACUCUCCUCCUCCGACGACGAUCCAAACAAAUCCCAUUAAACCUCUCAUGCACACAACAAAACCCAUAACGUCUCUACCAAAAAAGCAGCAGCAGCAGCAGAACAAACGACAACGGCCCUCCAUCGCCGAAAUAGAAAGAGCUAUCGGUGCCGGAAGGUACCGCGACAUUGAUGCCAGUGAAUUGAAGGAAGAAGAAGUGGCCAACUUCGACUUCAUGUCGAUGAGUUUUACUGGAAAGUUUGAAGGGCCGGUCGAGAAGAAGCUCCGUGAGACGGGAGAGUGGCUAGUCACUUCCACCGAGAGCAGGUUUCGAGCCUCUGGGAAAAAGAUUUUCAUGUUUGUAUUUCAAUGGAUGCUACCAAUUUGGACUUUGUCUCUCCUUAUGGCCUCUGGGGUUAUCAAGCUACCGUUCAGUACCCCAAUUCUGGAUGACCUGCUGAUGUGAAGAACAUGUCAGUUGGAGUUCAGACUCCAAUUUUAACUUGAAAUUCUUAGACAGCAAGAUCACUGCUUCUGAAUGGCUUCUCCAGUAAGUGGAAAGUGGCUCCAUCAAUUGCCUAACAAUGUACACUUCUUGCUUUACAACUUCGAAAUGUGGAUUUUGAGAUAUUUGGAGUUACUUCCAUCUUAUGAUAUCAAUAUAAGUCAUGCAUUUCCAUGUAUAACGAUUGUGUUAAGAACUCAGUUGCCGCUUCUUGGCAAUACAAGUUCUGUAAUUGGUAAUUUUUGUAUAGCAAACUCGGUUUGGCAAGCAAGAAGCUCACUA